GGCUGAUGACUUUUCUCCUUGUCCCUCUGGUUCUCGUGCAGGUGAAGACGCCCAGACAAGUGGAAGAGUGUUUUCUCCUCUGGCCACCAAGCAGGCACCCUCUGCGUCGAGAGGCGCGUGAGGCCCUGGGAGCUCUGGGAGAUGAAGUUCGGCUGCCUGUCCUUCCGGCAGCCUCAUGCGGGUUUCAUCUUAAAUGGGGUGAAGACCCUGGAGACGCGGUGGCGGCCCGUGCUGAGCGGCCACCGGCACCGCACCCUGGCCGUCCACAUCGCGCACAGGGACUGGGAGGACGCGGCCUGGAGGGAGCUGCUGGCCGAGAGGCUGGGGAUGAGCCCCGCGCAGAUCCAGGCCUUGCUGCGGGACGGGGAGAAGUUCGGCCGUGGAGUGAUAGCCGGGCUGGUUGACAUUGGGGACACUUCGCUGUGCGCGGAAGACUUAGGUCCCAACGAGGUCGCGGAGCUGGAGAAUCGAGCCCUGCUGCUCAACCUGCAGCAGAAGUACCUGACUGCGCUUGCCAACCCCCGCUGGCUGCUGCGGCCUGUCCCCGGGAGAGGCGGGAAGGACGUCUUCCAGGUGACCCUGGCCCUGUUGUAAAGCGUCCCUUGGCUCACGAAGCGUGUGUGUUAGACGUGCUGCCCGGCCACUUCACGUCCGAAGACAGGCUCCUAAAUACAGCUCUGACGGCAAAGUGAAAAGGGCUGGCGCUCGCUUUGUGGAAAUCUCUUACUUCUCUGUGGGGUUUGGGGCCAUUUGUCAGCAAGCUUUCUAGGGGUUGUCACCUCUGAAGGUGCUGGGCUUUCCCCCAGGUGUCGGCUGGGAAGGGCCCGUCUCUUCUGAGGCAGACGGCAGUGUGCACGCCUACCUUGGUGGGUGGGAUGGCCCUCCUUUCCGGCGGGCCUCUUUGGGAGGCCCCUGGAUGGUGGGCUGGACACACGCUCAGCUGCGGGUCAGAAACUUGUGGCAUCGUAGGGGGACCCAGGAGGAGGCUCCUUCUGCUUCAGGAUGCAUGACUAAUGGAAGGUGACACCCCUGAGGUCAGGAGCCAGGCUGCGCUGCCUCCUGGCUAGCAGGCAAGGCCCAGGGACCAGCCUGUCCUGGGCUGGCCUCAGCGCUCCCGAGCCGCGUCCCUGGCUGAGCGUGGGAAAUGCUGCUGCUUCAAACGAAAGGGGACGGCGGGGACCAAAGCCUGCCGGGGCUGUGGGUUUCCAGCCUCGUCGGGCCCGUCCACUGAGAUGUGGUGUGAAUAGUACGGACAGUUAGAAAGGACACAAGACUCGCACUUCUCGUUCGAUUCUUCAUUUACUCCCGUGGACUUUGGCUUUUCUUUAUUAGAGACAAAAGUAGAUUCUUGGUUAUGAGAUGGGGCUUUUUGUGUGUCCCCAGGGGACUGCGAGCUCAGGGAUCGCAGUGGUCCUUGCACUGUUCGCGGAGAGCACGCCUGCAAUCUGAGGAGCCCCCCUACUCCUCGUCCACCUCAGGGACCUUGUUUGGGGACGUAGCUAAAAGGGCCCCCAGCAGGAGGGAGAGACAGCUGUUGUACAGAGACAUCUCCGAGCCAUAAGCCGGGUAAACCGUGGGGCUGGCGGGCAGUUCCCUGGUGCCAUACCAGGGGCACAGAAGUGACAUUCCAGGGAGUGCCCUGCCCACUCAGGCCGCCCUGCUCACUGGGGGGAUGGUGUUCCCUGGCCCAUCCCGCUCCACCGCUCAUAGAGCACGUGCUAGAGGACAGGAAAGGCUGGGUAGCGCUGGGCCCCUGAGCACCCGGGGCUUUCUUCUGGGUGGUGGAAUCGUUGUAAGGGAUUUGUGGGGAGCGUCCAGUAGCAGCCACCGGCUUCUUUCCCUUUGGGGCUGUUGCGCUGGUCCCGGGCUGAUCAGUUGCUCCCAGGUUGCAUUUUCUCUGAAUGUUCUCGAUGAGCAGAGGCUUGUCUCUCUGAAAGUUGGAGUUGCAGAAGAUCUGAAAUGAAACGAAUCACUUUAGCCAUUCUGGGAGAAAAUACCCACUCCUCCCCGCCCACCCCCGUCCAUCAUAAUGGUCUUAUCUGACUGUGGAGAAAAGGUCUCUUUAAGUUCCUGGCAGGUUAUUCUGCCCUGGAGUGUGCGCUCCCUAGAGCUCCCCGAGGCGAGCCUCGGUCGAGGUGUUACUGUCGCUACCUGACAUCUCGUGGCCUCUCGAGAGGGUCUGUAGGCACACCUGCAGGUCCCCUCUAAGGGGCUGUGGCUGAAUACCACAGGCUCUACUUUCUCAUCUUUCCUUAACUACCUUCUCACGUGAGGAAAGUUAUUCUCGGAAAUGAAACCCGUUCAGCACGUGGCCCAUCUGGCCUCCCCGGGAGGUGUUCGAGUAACAAGAGAACAUGGGCAACGGAAGGGCUUUCUACUUUACCAUCAGCCUCUUCUUCCCUGGAGAGUGGCUGGUCAGGCAUAUUUUGCUGAAUCCGUACCGGUUCAUUUGGCGGAUGAAAGUCGUCAAGCUGUCUGUGUUGAAAAUCCUGUCUGCGCCUCUGCGGUGAAGAACCUCCCUCUGGAAGAGGUCUUCCUUGAUGAUCACCAUAUCUCCCUUGUCAUUCCAGCGCACAGAGGUGAAGGCGGGAUCCUCCACCAUCCUCCAGAGCUUUCUUGGGAGGGAGAGCUGAAGAAUACUCUGGUUGGCCACACCGUAGUUUGCGCCCUGUGGUGGCGGGUUGUCUUGGGAGCCGGGAUCUGGGCUCUCGGCUUGGUCACCCUGCUUCUCCGAACUCUCCCUUGAAUCCACAUUGGGAUGCGGGGACGCACGAGAGGGGACCCACGUUGCUGGCUCUGCGUCAGCCGAUGGGCCCAGCAUGGCUGUACACAGCUCAUCGCUACUCUGACUAGCCAUGGAGCCAGUCUAGAUUGGGAGCAUUCUCCACCCGAGACCGUAUCACUGAACUCUCAGGGCAGAAAUGCCUUGGACCAGAGCGGGGAUGCCCAGUAAAUACUGUCCGCAAGAUUCUAGAAUCUCGGUAGUGGGGCAGGCAGCCACUCAAGUCGCAGUCUUCUUUAUUGGUCACGUGAUGUCACCGAGGCGGUCUGGAGAGGGAGCCCUGGCCAAGUGUGGGGGAGGGGAUGGGGAC